GCCGGGUGAAGCACCCUGGGCGGCGUUUUCUCGGGCCGGGGAUGUUGUUAACGUGAGUGCGGGCCGGAGACCCGCGCAAGGUUCUGCGAGAGUGGGUUCGGCCGGAUAUCCACCCUAGUGCGACUGGUGGUGGCAGUCGCCGAGACGAGUAGCUGCAACUGCGGAGCGAAGAGAAGAGGGGCGGGGAAGAAGAGAAAAUGGCGGCAGCGGCGGCGGGGAGGGAGGAGGAGGAAAGCGCGGUGAGGGAGCCUCUCGACCUCAUCAGGCUUAGCCUGGACGAGCGCAUCUACGUCAAGCUCCGUUCCGACCGAGAGCUCCGCGGCAAGCUCCACGCAUACGAUCAGCAUCUGAAUAUGAUACUUGGGGACGUCGAAGAAGUCGUUACUACUGUAGAAAUCGAUGACGAAACUUAUGAAGAGAUUGUCAGGACUACUAGGCGGGUUGUUCCAUUUCUCUUUGUUAGAGGGGAUGGUGUUAUCUUAGUUUCUCCACCACUCAGGACGACAUGAGUCUUUGAAGUUGCUUUGCAGAAGAUAUGUUGAACGCGCAUACACCUUUGGUGAUAUUAUUGCAGUGUAGUUUUGAUGUCAAAUAUUAACAGCUUUAGAAUUCUGUCGUGUCAUCAGAAGAUGGGAGAACUUUUAUGUGUCUCAGCUUCUAUUAAUGAUGCUUGCUCUCUACAUAUGUGGUUCUUGUGAAUUUCUUGGCAGGAAACUGAACCUACUGUACUUAAUGACGUUUCCAGUUUAAGUCUGUGUUCCCUAUA